UUUUAAAAGUCAAGCAAGAAUCAAGAUGAUUUUCAAAUUAUUUGAAUUAAAAUGGGUCAUAGAUAAGGCUCAUCUUUAUACAACUAUUUUAAAGGUUAAUUUUUAUUAUAAAUAAAAGCUCAUUUAAAAUCGUAUGCCUCUCCCACGAACCAUGAUCAAACGUUUCUCUUUUCUCUGCUUUCAAGUUUCUUAUCCUUAAUAAAGUGAAAGUUUUGUAUUUCCAAACAGUGUUAAUGAGAGUUGUGGUGACACAAAUGAAGAAAUUCUUAUUAAAAUCAAUAUGAUCUUUUUAGUAGGAUGUUCUAUUAUAAUUUUGGUUACUAUCAUAGCGAUAAUACGUUCAAAAAAACCGCUAAAUACUCUACUAGAAGAAGCUAAAUAUGAGAUGAUAUAUAAUUAUAUUGGAUCUAGAGGAAUUGUUCAGGAUUUCAUUAUGAGGGGAAGUAAUAAAAUUGAUUUGCCUAUAGAGACUGGUAGAAAUGCUGUGAUCACUGGAGGUACUAGAGGAAUUGGUGUGGAAGUUAUAAAAAUGUUAUUGAAAUGUGAUAUUAAUGUAAUUGUGGGUUGUAGAAAUAUAAAACAAGGAGAGUUGUUACUUCAAAAUUUUAGAGAUGAAGGGAUUAAAACUGGAAACAUUGACAUUAUUAAUUUAGAUAUAAGUGUUAUGGACUCAGUAAGAAAUUUUGCUAAAUCUGUUAAAGAAAAAUACUCAGUAGUACAUUACUUAAUCAAUAAUGCUGGAAUAAUGUUUGGACCCUACAUUGAAACCAGAGAUGGCUAUGAAUCUCAGUUUUCUACAAAUUACUUAGGACACUUUUUAUUGACACAUUUGCUGCUACCACUUCUUAAGGCAGGUGGCACAAAAGAGAAGAAAGCAAGAAUUGUUAAUGUUUCUUCUUGUGCUCAUUUUGUUGUUGGAGAUAUAAACUUUGAAGAUAUUAAUAACAGGCAUCACUAUAUAUCUGGUGUUGCUUAUGCACAGUCAAAAAUGGCCCAGGUGUUGUUUACAAAAUAUUUGGAUGCAAUCCUUGAGAAACAAAAAGUAAAUGUGCAGGUUCAUGCAGUUCAUCCUGGACUUGUCAAUACUGAUUUGUUCAAUGGAACAAAUUUGAAAAAGUGUGCUCCUCUGAUACCUGCCUUAGUGUUCAAAAGUCCUGAAAAAGGUGCAACACCCAUUAUAUAUGCUUGCCUGUCACCAUACAUUGAAGAAAAAGGUGGUACUUACAUCAGUAACUGCAAAAUAGUUCCUGCUAGUGCUCCCACCAACUGUGAAGAGCUACAGAAGAAGUUAUUUGAUUUCACCAACAAAUUACUUGACAUUUCUGAAUUUGGUAGUGGUAGCUGAGGUAAUUUUAGGAAGAACUACCAUUUGUAUUGAAAUAUAUUAACCUGAGGGACUAGUUGGUGGUAUUUGUGGUUGCACAAAUAAAAGAACUAUAUUUUUUGUUUAUUU